AGUGAGGACAUUUCUUGGAGGCUUGGGGCUCAAGCAAGCCAAGGCCCAUAUAAAAAAUCUUCCCAAAUUUUCACUCUCUCUCCUCCCAUUUUCCCUUACAACAGAAACCAAAUACUCCGCCAGAAAAAGAAAUCAAAGGCCAUGACCGAAUGUCGAAUGAGCUUUAGUCCAAUGCGGAACGUUCUACUUCGAGCUCUCACUCUCAAAUCAAAACCACCACCACCGCCGCCGCCGCCGGUGUUUUCCUCCCUUUCGAAGCUUUCGCCUCCUCCGACACAUCCACUGUCCUCUCCCACCGCCGGUGCAGUGGCUGAACUUGCCGACGACUAUGAUGAGGGAAUCGACCGCCUCCAUACGCCUCCAGUUACUGCUUUCAAGCCCGUUGUGUUGCCCGAUCUCCUUCAGCCGCGUGUUGUCGUCUUUGACGGCGUCUGUCGUCUCUGCCAUACCGGUGUGAAGUGGAUUAUCAAGGCUGAUAAGUAUGGGAAGAUCAAGUUCUGUUGCCUUCAGUCUAAGACUGCUGAACCAUAUAUGGAACUUUGUGAUAUGGAAAGAAAGGACGUGCUUCGCCGCUUUAUAUUCAUCGAAGGUCUAGGACAAUACCAUCAAGCUUCCACAGCUGCAUUGAAAGUUCUGUCAUACUUGCCAUUCCCCUAUUCAGCUUUGAGUUCUCUGAUGAUAAUUCCAACUCCAGUGAGGGAUGCUGUCUAUGAUUACAUUGCUAAAAGACGCUAUGACUUGUGCGGAAAGGAGGAAGAAUGUCUUGUUUUGAAGGAACCAGAGAUGCUCGAGCGGUUUAUUGACAGGAAAGAACUUCUGGAGCGACGCCAGUCAAAUGUGUAGAUGGUUUUGCAUGAUGUUGUCGUGCAUCAUAACCGUGCAGUGUUCUUGAAAAAGUUAUUACAGUCUUAUGGUACAAGUAUGUAGUAGUUGUAAAUACUAAAUAGUGACAUGAACUGAUGAAAGGCAGAGUUUAUUAGUUGUAAAUACUACGUAUGACGGUAUGAGGUUCAAUCUCUGGCAGUGUAACUUGAUGUUAACUGAAAAAUCAGUUUCUAAGUUUGUUUGUGACUUUUGGUGAUUGAAGAAGCCAAAAUACCAUUCGGCCUAUUAUUUCGA